CUUGACAUCACUGGAGGCGACCCGCGACAGUGGACUGUGGAAGUGUGGAGUGUGGACUGUAGACACGUAAAGAAUGUGGAUAAACAAUUGAAGGACCUAGGGUUUUCCUUAAAUUAUAUUAUAGUAAAGUAAUUUUUGAUAUUAUUAAUUUAGGUGAUAGUUUGGAAACAGUCAUAAGAAAAUUAAACUAUGAGUAGUUUAGGUGCAGAUGAUGAAAAUGGUAGUAAAGUGGGAAAUGACUUAAAUAAUUCUCAACGGCAUUUAGAAAGCGAUGAAACAGAGUGCAUAAAUAACACUGGAACAAAUAAUAAAACAGAACAUGCAUCUGUUGUUGCAGCUCAUUACAAUCACUUGGAAGAAAAGGGUAUAAGAGAACGCUUUAAGUCUCCAAUUUUUUACCUUAGAAACUUUAAUAAUUGGGUCAAAAGUGUACUUAUUCAAGAAUAUGUAGAUAGAGUACGAGGAAACGUUUACGGGAAACGAUUGAGAGUGCUUGAUAUUUGUUGUGGAAAAGGUGGAGAUUUAAGUAAAUGGCAAAAGGCUUGUGUUAAUCAUGUGAUAUUUGCAGAUAUUGCUAAUAUUUCAAUCCAACAAUGUAAAUCAAGAUAUGAUGAAAUUCGGAAAUGUACAUUUACUGCUCAGUUCAUUGCUGCCGAUUGCACUAAAGAGAGUAUACGUGAUAAGUAUACAGACCCUUCUAUAAGAUUUGAUAUUGUGAGCUGUCAGUUUGGUCUACAUUAUAGCUUUGAAAGCUUGUCUCAAGUAAGGCGAAUGCUAAAAAAUGCCACUGAGUGUCUUAGUCCAGGAGGUUAUUUCUUUGGGACCAUACCAAAUGCUUAUGAAAUUAUAUCACGAGCAAAGAAAUCACCAAAUGGUCAGUUUGGCAAUAGGAUUUAUAAUAUUAAAUUAUUAUUUGACCCUAAGGAUGGCUAUCCUUUGUUUGGUGCAAAAUAUGACUUUCAUUUAGAAGGAGUUGUAAACUGUCCUGAAUUUUUAGUUAAUUUUGAUUUAUUUAAUAAGUUAGCUAGGGAAUAUGAUCUCGAACUAGUUUACAAAGCUGGAUUAGGAGAUUUCUAUAAAGACCACAUGGAAAAGUAUAAACAAUUACUGCCUAAAAUAAUGUGCUUUGAAAGUUAUCCUGCCCCACCUGGUAAACAACUCAUUGGUGAUGAGUCUGAAUAUGAACAUGCAAAAUCAUUCUAUGAGAGUAUUGACAACAAAAGUCAAACAGUAGGCACCAUGAGUAAAUGUGAAUGGGAGGUUGCAACUGUUUAUAUGGCAUUUGUUUUCAAAAAAUGCAAGAAAUAAGGUGAUUCCGAACAUACAUUUUUAUUAACCUUCAUAACAAUAAUAUACACAAAAUAUCAGUUUUUAAUUUACAGAAAAUGAAGUCAAUCAAAUAUGUCUCAAUUUAUAGCAUAAUAUUUUUUAAUAAAUUAAAUAUACUUUGCCCAAAAAUGAUAUAGACAAUAAAAUGUUAAUCCUAUGUAAA